AUGUCCGUCGCCUCUGACUCAUUCUCUGAGGAGGAGCGCAGCUUAUUCCGUCCAUUCACACGCGAGUCACUUGCAGUUAUCGAGACAAGAAUUGCAGAAGAAUAUGCCAAACAGAAGGAACUCGAAAAGAAAAGAGCUGAGGGAGAGAUUCGGUAUGAGGACGAGGACGAAGAUGAAGGGCCUCAGCCCGACCCUACUCUGGAGCAGGGUCUUCCUAUUCCGGUACGUCUCCAGGGCAGUUUUCCUCCAGAACUGGCCAGCACACCACUCGAGGACAUCGACCCAUUUUACCAUAACCAAAUGACUUUUGUAGUUGUAAGUAAAGGCAAGGACAUUUUUCGGUUUAGUGCAAUAAAUGCUCUUUGGAUACUUGACCCUUUCAACCCAAUAAGGCGAGUGGCUAUUUACAUCCUCGUUCAUCCGUUAUUUUCACUUUUCAUCAUUACAACCAUCCUUGUCAACUGUAUCCUUAUGAUAAUGCCUACAACUCCCACCGUAGAAUCAACCGAAGUAAUAUUCACAGGCAUCUACACGUUUGAAUCAGCUGUGAAGGUGAUGGCGAGAGGUUUUAUACUUCAACCGUUCACCUACCUUAGAGAUGCAUGGAACUGGCUCGACUUCGUAGUCAUAGCUUUAGCUUAUGUUACAAUGGGUAUAGAUCUCGGAAAUCUAGCUGCCUUAAGAACGUUUAGGGUACUUCGAGCCCUCAAAACUGUCGCUAUUGUACCAGGUUUAAAGACCAUUGUUGGUGCCGUAAUCGAAUCAGUAAAAAAUCUGCGAGAUGUGAUAAUUUUAACAAUGUUUUCCCUCUCCGUAUUUGCACUAAUGGGUUUACAAAUUUACAUGGGAGUCCUCACACAAAAAUGCGUGAAAAACUUUCCUCAUGAUGGCUCCUGGGGGAAUCUUACAGACGAGAACUGGGAAAGGUUUAUGGAUAAUGAAACAAAUUGGUAUGUAGAUGAAAGUGGAGACUAUCCUUUAUGUGGUAAUUCUUCAGGAGCUGGUCAGUGCAAACCAGGUUACACAUGUCUUCAGGGGUACGGUGAUAAUCCAAAUUACGGUUAUACAAGUUUUGAUACUUUUGGUUGGGCGUUUCUAUCUGCCUUUAGGUUAAUGACUCAAGAUUACUGGGAAAAUCUUUACCAAUUGGUAUUACGAUCCGCUGGUCCAUGGCACAUGCUAUUUUUUAUUGUGAUUAUAUUUUUGGGAUCAUUUUAUUUGGUUAAUUUAAUAUUAGCUAUUGUAGCGAUGUCUUAUGACGAACUACAAAAGAAGGCCGAAGAGGAAGAGGCAGCUGAAGAAGAAGCCAUCAGGGAAGCCGAGAAAGCCGCGCAAGCGAAACAGGACAGAGCAGAUGCGCGCGCAGCGGCAGCAGAGGAAGCACGAGAAGCUGCAGCCGCCGCACUAGCUGCCGAAAACUGUCCAGAUAUUGUAAAGUCCCCAUCCGAUUUUUCCUGCCACAGUUACGAGCUCUUCGUGGGACAAGCCAAAGGUCACGAUGACAACAACAAGGAGAAGAUGAGCAUACGAUCGGAAGGACUAGAUUCAGUGAGUGAGCAGCGAAGAAUACCUACUAAUCCCACCAAGAUGCGGAAAGUUAGCGCUACUGAUACGCAGGCCAGUCUCAGCUUACCUGGAUCGCCUUUCAAUCCUCGUCGAGGCUCCAGAGGAAGCCACCAAUUCACUAUGCGUAGUAACCGUCGUAUGAUACCUCCUCCAGGUGAUCGCAAACCUCUGGUUUUGUCCACUUAUUUAGAUGCUCAAGAACAUUUACCUUACGCCGAUGAUUCCAAUGCAGUAACACCAAUGAGCGAAGAAAACGGAGCCAUGGUUGUUCCUAUUUAUUAUGCCAAUCUGGGUUCGCGUCAUUCAUCAUACACUUCGCACGCAUCACGAAUAUCUUACACCUCUCAUGGAGAUCUGUUGUGUGGUUUGGGUGGUACCGCUAAAGUAAUGACAAAAGAAAGCCAACUCAGGAACAGAUCGCUCAGAACUGGUCCUCCAACAGCAGCGACAGCUACGACCACGCCCAACAACUAUACUGAGUAUAAUCAUAGAGCACACAGAGGAGAUUACGAUGGACCAACAAGCCAGAUGGAAGGGAAAAUAAAGCAUUUAGACAAUCCAUUUAUUGAUAAUAACCAAAGACAAACCGUAGUGGAUAUGAAAGACGUGAUGGUUUUGAACGACAUCAUUGAACAAGCAGCUGGUAGACAAAGCGGUGCGAGUGAUCAUGGAGUUUCUGUUUAUUAUUUCUCAGCCCAAAAUGAUGAUGAAGAAGACGAACCAACAGUCAAAGAACGAUUGUUAGCCUUUUCUAUGAGAGUCAUCGAUAUUUUUUGCGUGUGGGAUUGUUGUGGACCAUGGUUGGUGUUUCAGAAGUUUGUAGCUCUGAUCGUCUUUGAUCCCUUCGUUGAAUUAUUUAUUACUCUCUGCAUCGUAGUCAACACCCUCUUCAUGGCCUUAGAUCAUCACGACAUGGAUCGAAAUCUCGAGAAGGCUCUCAAAAGUGGUAACUAUGUAACGACCUUCAUGAUUGAGGCAACAAUGAAGCUAAUUGCGAUGAGCCCAAAAUAUUAUUUUCAAGAAGGGUGGAAUAUUUUUGACUUCAUCAUCGUAGCCUUAUCAUUACUCGAGUUAGGCCUUGAAGGCGUUCAAGGCUUAUCCGUAUUACGAUCGUUUCGAUUGCUAAGAGUGUUCAAACUGGCCAAGUCAUGGCCAACUUUAAAUUUACUUAUCUCAAUAAUGGGUAGAACUAUGGGUGCUUUAGGUAACCUAACAUUUGUGCUGUGCAUUAUAAUAUUUAUAUUUGCUGUUAUGGGUAUGCAGUUAUUUGGAAAAAAUUAUACAGAUAAUGUAGAUAGAUUUCCAGACCAUGAACUUCCUAGAUGGAAUUUUACGGAUUUUAUGCAUUCCUUUAUGAUCGUUUUUCGAGUGUUGUGUGGAGAAUGGAUUGAAUCAAUGUGGGAUUGUAUGUUAGUGGGGGAUGUUUCCUGUAUUCCGUUUUUCCUAGCCACUGUUGUCAUUGGUAAUCUUGUGGUGCUGAAUCUUUUCUUAGCUUUGCUUUUGAGCAAUUUUGGUUCAUCAAGUUUAUCAGCCCCAACAGCUGACAAUGACACAAACAAAAUAGCUGAAGCAUUUGUUAGAAUCGGUCGUUUUAGCAGAUGGAUCAAGGCUGGUGUGGCAGAUAUCGCUAAGUUGAUUAGAUUUAAAUUAACAAACCAAAUAUCCGACCAGCCGUCAGAUCCACGUGACGGAGGCCUAGACAUUCCAGGUGACGAAAUACUUGCAGACGGCACGAUAUUUAAAGAUAAGAAAAGUCCAAAAGAUAGGUUAGAAGUAACGAUAGGUGAUGGUAUGGAGUUCACGAUACAUGGUGACUCAAAAACUAAUAUAAAGCGGGCCAAAAACGCUAUUAGUAAAAAGACUUUAGGAAAUUCAAUUUUGGAACAUGGGGAUUUUCUAGGACAUUUAGACGAUGACGAAAUUAGCAACAAAUCGUAUGGUAGUCAUAAACAUAGGUUCAAAGAUGAAAGUCAUAAAGGUAGUGCUGAUGUAUUGGACGACCAAGAAGAAAAGAGAGAUGCUAGUAAAGAAGAAUUAGGAAUAGAUGAAGAAUUAGAAGAUGAAUGCGACUGUCAAGGGCCUUUAGAUGAAGAUCUUAUCAUAGAUGCUGCAACAGAAGACAUAAUUAUUGAUGAGUACUCUGCAGACUGUUUCCCAGAAAAGUGUUACAAAAAGUUUCCGUUUCUGGCUGGUGACGAAGAUUCUCCCUUCUGGCAGGGAUGGGGCAACCUUCGCUACAAAACUUUCCAACUAAUAGAAAAUAAGUACUUUGAAACAGCUGUUAUCACCAUGAUCUUGCUCAGUAGUUUGGCUCUAGCUUUGGAGGACGUCCAUCUGUCAGCACGGCCCAUUUUGCAAGAUAUACUGUAUUAUAUGGAUAGAAUUUUUACGGUCAUAUUCUUUUUUGAGAUGUUGAUCAAGUGGUUGGCUAUGGGUUUUCAGAAGUAUUUCACCAACGCGUGGUGCUGGUUAGACUUUCUUAUAGUAAUGGUAUCUCUUAUAAACUUUGUGGCUUCUUUGGCUGGAGCAGGUGGUAUUCAAGCUUUCAAAACCAUGAGAACGUUGAGAGCUCUUAGGCCUCUGCGUGCAAUGUCACGUAUGCAGGGCAUGAGGGUAGUAGUAAAUGCAUUGGUUCAAGCUAUACCAUCCAUCUUCAAUGUACUGCUAGUGUGCUUAAUAUUUUGGUUGAUAUUUGCUAUCAUGGGUGUGCAGUUAUUUGCCGGUAAAUACUAUAAGUGUGUGGAUAGUAAUAAGACAACGUUAAGUUAUGAAAUAAUCCCUGAUGUGAAUGCUUGUAAAGCAGAAAAUUACACUUGGGAUAACUCGCCAAUGAAUUUCGACCACGUCGGCAAAGCAUAUCUAUGUUUAUUCCAAGUAGCUACAUUUAAAGGCUGGAUCCAGAUCAUGAACGACGCCAUCGACUCCAGGGAGAUGAACAAACAACCUAUCAGAGAAACCAAUAUCUACAUGUACCUCUACUUUGUAUUCUUUAUUAUAUUUGGAUCGUUUUUCACCCUCAAUCUGUUCAUUGGUGUGAUCAUUGAUAAUUUCAAUGAACAGAAAAAGAAGAUAAGAGGAUCGUUGGAGAUGUUCAUGACUGAGGAUCAGAAGAAAUACUACAACGCAAUGAAGAAGAUGGGAUCCAAGAAACCAAUGAAAGCGAUUCCCAGACCGAGGUGGAGACCUCAGGCUAUAGUCUUCGAAAUAGUAACGAAUAAGAAGUUCGACAUGAUCAUCAUGUUGUUUAUAGGUUUAAACAUGCUGACGAUGACAAUGGACCAUUACAAGCAGAAAGAGACUUUUACAAAAGUUCUGGACUACCUAAAUAUGAUUUUCAUAGUUAUAUUUAGUACCGAGUGCCUCAUGAAAGUGUUUGCUUUGCGUUAUCACUAUUUUACGGAACCUUGGAAUCUUUUUGAUUUAGUGGUUGUUAUAUUAUCAAUUUUGGGACUGGUGCUCAGUGAUAUCAUUGAAAAAUACUUUGUGUCACCGACUCUACUGAGAGUCGUUAGAGUUGCAAAAGUCGGUAGAGUCCUUCGGUUGGUGAAGGGAGCAAAAGGAAUUCGCACACUGCUUUUCGCACUUGCCAUGUCACUGCCUGCCCUGUUCAACAUCUGCUUACUACUAUUUUUGGUCAUGUUCAUCUUUGCUAUCUUCGGAAUGUCGUUCUUCAUGCACGUCAAGAACAAAAGCGGACUCGAUGACGUCUAUAACUUCAAAACCUUUGGACAGUCAAUGAUUCUUCUAUUUCAGAUGUCCACUUCAGCCGGUUGGGAUGGCGUCUUAGAUGGAAUCAUAAAUGAGGAAGACUGUAAGCAACCAGACAACGAAAUAGGAGAAACGGGUAAUUGUGGUAAUUCCACGAUAGGUAUAGCUUUCUUAUUAAGCUAUCUCGUUAUAUCAUUCCUCAUAGUCAUAAAUAUGUACAUCGCUGUCAUUUUGGAGAACUAUUCACAAGCUACUGAAGAUGUGCAAGAAGGUCUAACAGACGAUGACUACGAUAUGUACUACGAAAUUUGGCAGCAGUUCGAUCCAGACGGAACACAGUACAUACGGUAUGAUCAACUAUCCGACUUUUUAGAUGUAUUGGAAUCUCCACUACAAAUACAUAAACCGAAUAAAUACAAAAUAGUUUCUAUGGACAUUCCAAUCUGCAAGGGUGAUCUCAUGUUUUGUGUAGAUAUCUUAGAUGCUCUUACUAAAGACUUUUUUGCUCGAAAAGGAAACGCUAUCGAGGAAACUGCUGAAUUGGCCGAAGUGCAAGGUCGACCAAAUGAGGUAGGCUACGAACCAGUUAGUUCGACCCUUUGGCGGCAAAGGGAAGAAUAUUGUGCUAGAUUAAUUCAAAACGCGUGGAGAAAGCACAAAAGGAAUCGUGGUGGUGCUACCGAUCAGUCCGGUGACGAAGGUGAUAUAGAUGGUGAAGGGGAGCUUGAGGCUCGACAAACAGCAGUCUUGGUGGAAAGAAACGGGCACAAAGUAGUGAUACACAGCCGAACACCCAGCAUCAGUUCACGAACUGCGGACGUA